AUAGGCAGCGCAGACGUGGGUGGAGCGCGCGGGGGUCUCCAGCGAGGAGAGCCUGGAAGGAAGGUAGUAGUAGUGAGAGUGUGUGUGAGGGAGAGAGAGAGUGUGUGUGAGAGUGUGUGUGUGUGUGUGUGUGUGCAGGAGGGAGGGAUGUGACAGCAUGGUCUGGGUGUGAGGACGUCAGUGGAAGACGCGGCGGCAGCCUCCACAUGUCUACCUAGAAAGACGCACCUGGAGGGGUCUUUCUUUUUGUUGUUGUUGCUUUUUUUUGUUUUUAUAUAUAUAUAUAUAUAUAUGAUUUCUCAGUUUGUGAGUGGUCUUGGGAGAAGGCUCCUGGCUGGACCGCAUGCAUGACACAACGCAAAGGCGAGAAACCCACCAUCAGCAUCCAGGAGCACAUGGCCAUUGACGUGUGCCCGGGACCCAUCCAGCCCAUCAAGCAGAUCUCGGACUACUUCCCACGGUACCCCCGGGGCCUGCCGCCCUCCGGGCCCCCGCGCUCCGCUCCACCCGCCGCCGCAGCCGCCGCUACUACUACCGUAGCCUCGGAAAGUGAGCGCCCGGAUGAAGAGAGCCCGGACCGGGCGUUCGCCGGGGGAGCGUCGGCCUCCUCGCCGGCGGCCGCCAGGAGGGACGAGGAGCCCGACGUGGAGGGAUACGACUCGGACGACUCCACGACACUGGGAACACUGGACUUCAGUUUGCUGUACGACCAGGAGAACAAUGCACUGCACUGCACCAUCAACAAAGCCAAGCUCCCUGUUCCCAGAUACAAAAAGGGGCUCAAGCCAAUGGACUACAAUGGGCUGUCAGACCCCUAUGUCAAGCUGCAUCUACUGCCCGGCGCCAGUAAGGCCAAUAAACUUCGAACCAAGACCCUGCACAACACGCUCAACCCCGUCUGGAGCGAGACCCUGACCUACUACGGCAUCACCGACGAGGAUAUGGUCCGAAAAACACUCAGGAUUUCGGUGUGCGACGAAGACAAGUUCCGGCACAACGAGUUCAUCGGUGAGACGCGAAUCCCCCUCAAGAAGCUGAAGCCCAACCAGACCAAGAACUUCAACAACUGCCUGGAGAAACAGUUACCUGUUAACAAGACAGAGGACAAGUCGCUGGAGGAGCGAGGACGCAUCAUGAUUUCCCUCAAGUACAACACCCAGAAGUCCUGCCUGGUGGUGGGCAUCAUUCGCUGCGCUCACCUGGCCGCCAUGGACGCCAAUGGCUUCUCCGACCCCUACGUUAAAACGUACCUGAAGCCUGACGAGAACAAAAAGUCAAAGCACAAGACGGCUGUGAAGAAGAAGACGCUCAAUCCAGAGUUCAAUGAGGAGUUCUCCUACGACAUCAAGUAUGCAGACCUCACCAAGAAGACUCUGGAGGUGACGGUGUGGGAUUACGACCUCGGGAAGUCCAACGAUUUCAUCGGUGGUGUGUCUCUGGGCAUCAACGCCAACGGAGAGAGGCUGAAACACUGGUUCGACUGCCUCAAGAACAAGGACAAGAAAAUCGAGCGCUGGCACACGCUGACCAACGAAUUACCCGGUUCGCUAAAUGACUGAGACCGGAGACCGGAGACCGGAGACCGGGGCCCGACCCGAUUGGACGCCUGCAUCCAUUCCAUCCAUCGCGUCCUGCUCUCCCCUCUCCUCAAGUACACUGACCUUCUCUCUCUCUCUACAGGGCUCAAGUGAAAGGAACUUUAUUACAGCAUGGCUUGGGGGGGGUUCAUCGCUAUAGCAACGACUCGUGAAGGCGGUUCCGGUGAAGGAUGUAGCCAUGGGGAAUAUGCAUGUAUGCUAAUAUCGCAAAGAGUUCAAUGUUUAUUUUCUUGUCUUGCACUCGACGGAGGAUUGUAGAACUUUCCGGUCCCUUUCUUAUUCUACUCGCCUCGGUUUACGGUCGGGACGGUUUUUCCGGAGUAGUGGGGAACGUCCCGCGGCGAUGGCGUCUUAACGCAGAACAAAACAUGCUCACAAACAACGGCGCGUAGCGUGUGUUAGCGUCGAUUUUAUCCGACAAGAUGGAGACUAUGCUACUGUGUUGUUAGCAUGCAGGUUUUGUCACUUCUACAGUCGAGUAACCAUCAUGUUGCCAUCGACCAAUGAGCAACAAGCAGUGGUACCAGAAAAAGAUUAAAAGGUACCGAAUGUAGUACCUGCAACAAAAACGUUUUGGUACACUAUUGGUCACUUCAUUAGGUACACUUACGCCAUCUAAUAGUGUAUCGGACAAAAUCCCGACUGCGACCACGCAGUUUUGUGUGUCUUCAGGUUUAAUGCUAACGAGCUGUGUUCGUCCACACGGGUUUCCAACACAGCUGGUCUCCCAGAAGUGCUAUUGUGCACUUUAUCCACUUUUAACUUAUACACUGUAACUCCACUAGUCCAACGUAUUAGAUUCGAUAUAUCGCAGACAACAACGUAACGUUGAUCAAGGCGGUAGACGGGAGGACACACAUUUUUAGCAACUCUAACUUAGCUAUGUGAGCGACAUGCUAACAUUAGAGUCACAUUUCAACAGCAACAUUAUGCCAGGUUAGCAAAAUCGCAAAAAAAUAUAAAAUCCCCCUUUUACGAAUGAAGUCAAACGUUAGCAACUUUAGCAUAGCUAUUUGAGCUACAUGCUAACAUUACACUCACAUUUCAACAGCAACAUUAUGCCAGGUUGGCAUAAUCGCAAAAAAAUAUAAAAUCCCCCUUUUACGAAUGAAGUCAAACGUUAGCAACUUUAGCAUAGCUAUGCGAGCUACAUGCUAACAUUACACUCACAUUCUAACAGCAACAUCAUUCUAGGUUAGUUUGAGUCUAACUGAUAGUUAGCGGGGCUUUAUUUUAAGAUGUGUAGCGAAGCCUGCUUUACAAAAUAUAGAAACAUUACAAUAGCUACGUGAGCUACAGUGCUAACAUUACACUCACAUUUUAACGGCAACAUCAUUCUAGGUUAGCAUAUUUGCUGAAAAAUAAAACUAUAUAAUCGAAUUUACAGCACCCAAGUUUGAAUCUAAUUGAUAGUUAGCGGGGCUUUAUUUUAAGAUGUGUAGCGAAGCCUGCUUUACAAAACAAUAUAGAAACAUUACAAUAGCUACGUGAGCUACAGUGCUAACAUUACACUCACAUUUUAACAGCAACAUCAUUCUAGGUUAGCAUACUUGCUGAAAAAUAAAACUAAAUAAUAAAACUUACAGCACCCAAGAUUGAAUCUAACUGAUAGUUAGCACGGAUUUAUUUUAAGAUGUGUAGCGAAGCCUCCUUUACAAAAACCAUAUAGACACAUUACAAUAGCUACAGUGCUAACAUUACACUCACAUUUUAACAGCAACACCAUUCUAGGUUAGCAUACUUGCUGAAAAAUAAAACUAAAUAAUAAAACUUACAGCACCCAAGAUUGAAUCUAACUGAUAUUUAGCAGGGCUUUAUUUUAAGAUGUGUAGCGACGCCUGUUUUACAAAAUAAUAUAGAAACAUUACAAUAGCUAUGUGAGCUACAGUGCUAACAUUACACUCACAUUUUAACAGCAACACCAUUCUAGGUUAGCAUACUCGCUGAAAAAUAAAACUAAAUAAUCAAACUUACAGCACCCAAGUUUCAAUCUAAUUGAUAGUUAGCAGGGCUUUAUUUUAAGAUGUGUAGUGAAGCCUGCUUUACAAAACAAUGUAGAAACAUUACAAUAGCUACAGUGCUAACAUUACACUCACAUUUUAACAGCAACAUCAUUCUAGGUUAGCAUACUCGCUGAAAAAUAAAAAUAAAUAAUCGAACUUACAGCACCCAAGUUUGAAUCUAAUUGAUAGUUAGUGGGGCUUUAUUUUAAGAUGUGUAGCCAAGCCUGCUUUACAAAACAAUGUAGAAACAUUACAAUAGCUACAGUGCUAACAUUACACUCACACUUUAACAGCAACAUCAUUCUAGGUUAGCAUACUCGCUGAAAAAUAAAAAUAAAUAAUCGAACUUACAGCACCCAAGUUGGAAUCUAACUGAUAGUUAGCAGUGCUUUAUUUUAAGAUGUGUAGCAAAGCCUGCUUUACAAAACAAUAUAGAAACACUACAAUAGCUACGUGAGCUACAGUGCUAACAUUACACUCACACUUUAACAGCAACAUCAUUCUAGGUUAGCAUACUCGCUGAAAAGUAAAACUAAAUAAUCAAACUUACAGCACCCAAGUUUGAAUCUAACUGAUAGUUAGCGGGGCUUUAUUUUAAGAUGUGUAGCCAAGCCUGCUUUACAAAACAAUAUAGAAACACUACAAUAGCUACGUGAGCUACAGUGCUAAAAUGACACUCACAUUUUAACAGCAACAUCAUUCUAGGUUAGCAUACUUGCCGAAAAAUAAAACUAGAUAAUCGAACUAACAGCACCCAAGUUUGAAUCUAACUGAUAGUUAGCGGGGCUUUAUUUCAAGAUGUGUAGCGAAGCCUGCGUUCCAAAACAACAUAGAAACAUU